AUGUCUCUUGAUACCCAGCAUGGCCCGUUCUUUCAGUCCAUUGCGUCCCUGCCUUUGACGCUUCGCUUCGGCAGCGUCCUCCUGCUCUUUGGCAUCAUCGUGCAGUGUCUGAGGGCCGCAUACAAGAGGUUCGGGCCUGAUCAGGAUGCGGCCAGGGGAAAGCGCCCAGAGACGGGGCAUGAGCAUUCACAGACGUUUCCUCCUUCGCAGCGCCGGCUGCUCGCUCGCGUCGACCCGCGGUUCCCCCCAGACAAGAACGACAUCGACCCGUCGAAGCUGGCCAAGUCGGUGCUCGCAAUGGACGAAGACUAUCGGCGUGCGGACCCCAACAGCUUCGUCUUCAGCGGCUUCCGGGUCGGCGAGGUGCUGCGCCUGGGAGACUUUCCCAACUACGCAGAGCUGUCAGGGGUUCCUCUGCCAGAGCCUCUCGAGGACUUUGGCAUCAACGCCACUCUGCCCAGGCCAUACAGGCCGUUCAGGUGGCCUUACCACCAGACAAUGGCAAUCUCGAGAAUGGAGCACGACUAUUGGAUCGAGCUCGAGAGCACGUACCUGGAGAUGGUCCAGCGGCGGCUCGACAUCUUUGCCGAGUACGGCAAGGGCGUGUUGCAGGCCCUCCCCGGCUCUGAGCUCGCCUGCAAGGAGCUCAUGGAGAUGGCGAUCCAGUUCCUCUGCGCGAGAUAUCCGCGCCAGUUUUCGCUCGAGGGCAACAGGACGUUUGUCAACGGCAUCCGCGGCAAGAGGUUCGACCUCGACGGCACCGACCCGCUCAUGUUCCUGCUCGAGAACGUGCCCGAAGACUUUGCCCUCAUGCUGCGCGACCCGGAGACGGGCAGCUACCGGUUCCGCGCGGGCGUCAUCUGCGCGUCCACGGGCUGGAGUCUGGGGUCCAAGAUCGGUCUCGGGCUGCCGGGCAUCCACGGCCCGGUGCCGGACUACAAGGAGAAGAUGGCGAUGAGCAUGGAUCGCUUCUUCACCAAGAUGCCGACGGACAAGCCGGUGCAGCGCGGGGCGUGGGGGUUCGAGGUCGGACAGCACGUCCACGUGCCCCCAGGCCACCCCGAGCUGAGCCGCGACGUGGCCGGCGACCCGUCGGUGCGGCCCGAGGACAUCUUCUUCCGCGUCGACUGGCAGACGCUGCGCCGGCUGCCGCUGUCGGGGGCCGUCGCCUUCAACUUCAAGCUCUUCUUCUACCCGCUGGCGGAGCUCCGCGACGAGCCGUACGUGCCGUCGCUGGCGCUCAAGGUGGUGAGCGACAGCAAGAGCAACCUGCUGCGGUACAAGAAGACGCUGGCACUGGCGCCCAUGCUGAACCCGCUGCUGGAAGAGUACGAGCGCCAUCAGGUCGCGACGGGCAUGGUGGAGGCGGGCUGGGAGCCCCGGACGCUCGAGGAGAACCCCUUCUUCCCGGGCUGGCAGGGGAAGUGGACGCGCCAGCAGGCGCAGCUGAAGCAGUAA